CAGCGCGUUGAAGACGCCCCCCUUCUUCAGCAAAGCUUGUGUCGUCACUCAGUACUACGCGGAGCAUCCCAAAACAAGCAACCCGCUAUCUCUAUCUACCUGCACUACCCAUGCCAUCGCAUCUCGAGCAGUUCCCAAUAGAUAUUGAUGAGGAACUGGAAAAGUGGGAGUUGGAACAUGAGGCAGAAUAUACUGCUUCAAAGGCGGCGCAACCAGCUACGUUGGAGAGGUGUGAAGCAGAGCAAAAAGCUGCACUAAAGAAUCAGAGAGAAAAUGUUCUGAUUAAGCUCUUCCUAAGAUUCGCAUUGCGAUCAGGAGUUUACCGAGCAGCUGGGCCACCAGGAUCGUAUAUUGGAGGUUCUAGUGAUCAGAUCGUUAUCCCCAUCCGAAACACGACGCGUACAUAGCCCAACAUGAGAACUCUCCACGCGCCGUUAUCUCCUUAGGCCAUGCCAUCUUCUGCAACGCUGGGCAGCCAGCCUUCAUUAGUGACG